AUGUUAAAAAUGACAGAAGAGCAUGACAAGUGUGUGAGCGAGCAGCCAUGCAGCCCGUCCGGGACCAACAGCUCAAUGUCCCAGGAUGAAUCGGACUCCGAUGCUCCGUCCUCACCGACCGGCUCCGACGGCCAUGGAUCACUGCUCGCCGGUUUGAGCAAGAAGCUGGACUCAGAAGACGACGAGCGCUUCCCAGCCUGCAUUCGGGAUGCGGUCUCUCAGGUCCUUAAAGGAUAUGAUUGGUCCUUGGUGCCCAUGCCUGUGCGAGGGAAUGGAUCUCUGAAGAGCAAACCACACGUCAAAAGACCCAUGAACGCGUUCAUGGUGUGGGCGCAGGCGGCCCGCAGAAAGCUGGCAGAUCAGUAUCCACACCUGCACAACGCAGAGCUCAGCAAGACGCUGGGGAAACUGUGGCGUUUGCUUUCAGAGAGCGAGAAGAGGCCAUUUGUUGAUGAAGCAGAGAGAUUGCGCGUUCAGCAUAAAAAAGAUCAUCCAGACUACAAGUACCAGCCCCGGCGGAGAAAGAAUGUGAAACCAGGCCAGAGUGACUCAGAGUCCGGGGCUGAGAUGGCUCACCAUAUGUAUAAAUCGGAGCCUGGGAUGGGAGGAAUGGCAGGAAUGACUGAGGGACACCACCACCCUGACCAUACAGGGCAGCCCCAUGGUCCACCCACUCCACCCACUACUCCCAAAACAGAUCUGCACCAUGGUGUGAAGCAUGAUCUGAAGCACGAAGGCCGUCGUUUAAUUGACAGCAGCCGGCAAAACAUUGACUUUAGCAAUGUAGACAUCUCGGAGCUCAGCACUGAUGUCAUCAGCAAUAUUGAGACUUUCGACGUUCAUGAGUUUGACCAGUACCUUCCGCUCAACGGUCAUAUGUCAGGCUCCGCUGCCCUGUCCUCAGACCACAGUCAUGGGCCAGUUCCAGUGCCUGGCAGCUCUUACUCCACCUCAUACAGCCACACCGGCAGCAAUGGCACUUCUUGGAGCCGAAAGAGCACAAUGUCUUCUUCCUCCCCCUCCACCAGCGAGGUGGGCCGUCUUCACAUUAAAACGGAGCAGCUGAGUCCCAGCCACUACAGUGAGCACUCCCAUGGCUCGCCAUCGCACUCCGAUUACGGCUCCUACAGCAGCCAGGCUUGCGUCACCUCAGCCACAUCGGCUCCGUCAGCUCCAGCGUCUUUCACCAGCUCCCAGUGUGACUAUACUGACCUUCAGAGCUCCAGCUACUACAACCGUUACACCGGCUACCCCUCUAGCAUCUACCAGUACCCCUACCUUCAUUCAACUCGGCCCUACAGCAGCACCAUUCUAAAUAGUCUGUCCAUGGCUCCAACUCACAGCCCCACUUCCACCAACUGGGACCAGCCUGUGUAUACCACUCUGUCUCGACCUUGA